AUGGUCGAUUCUGAAGACCGAGACUCCACUGCGAAGGCCAGUUACGUCCAAUCGACGAUUCUCUACGAUUGUGACGCGGAAGCUCUAUCCAAAUCAGUUCGUCCAAGGCAGUCAGUAUCUUUGAUGGUCAAGCGGAAGUGCUGUCCGAAAUUCCUCGACAGAGCAGCCAUUUCAUGUGAAUUGGCUGAAAUUGAAGAAGCAAAAUCAGUGCUUAGGCUUGUUCCCAUAUGGAUUACUUGCCUAGUCUACGCCAUUGUGAAUGCACAGUCUCCUACUUUUUUCACAAAGCAAGGAGCCAAAAUGGACAGGUCAAUCUCACCAGGACUCUUAGUCCCUGCAGCUGCACGCCAGUGUUUCAUAAACAUAUCAGUUAUAGUCUUCAUCCCAGUCUACGACUAUCUAUUCGUCCCAAUCACAAGAUCAUUCACGCAUAUCCCAUCAGGAAUCACAAUGCUUCAAAGGAUUGGCACAGGGAUUCUCCUCUCCGUUAUUGCUAUGGUAGUAGCCGCCUUGGUCGAGACCAAAAGGCUACAAACCGCAAGGGAUGACCUCACCAUACCAAUGAGUGUCUGGUGGUUGGUUCCCCAGUACGUUCUCUAUGGAGUCGCGGACGGGUUCACAAUGGCGGGUUUACAAGAGUUCUUCUAUGAUCAAGUCCCUAGUGAGCUUAGGAGCGUUGGUAUGGCUAUGAAUCUAAGCAUAUACGGGGCUGGAAACUUCCUAAGUAGCUUCAUGAUAUCUUUCAUCGAUAGAGCCACGAGCCAGUCUGGUCAAACGAGCUGGUUCGAUAAUGACCUGAACAAAGCUCAUCUAGAUUAUUUCUACUGGCUACUGGCUUCUCUCAGCUUCAUUGGUUUAGCUUUCUACAUGUGGUUCGCCAAGUCGUAUGUCUACAACAGAUCAAACACCUAG